AUGCUUUAUCCAUCUCCGGCUUAUGCCGUGCCUGCUGUGCCCUUCACAACGCUUGCGCCACACCAAGUGCAGCCGGUGCAGCGGUUGGGAUAUGGUUCCAACCCAAGAUGGUCACAAGAAGGCUCAACUCUUCCGACGAAAAGAAUCGUGGCUCCAGGCCCUCCCAGCGGCUGUGUGCCUGACCAGCUGUCCUGCGGCAUUGCUGCGCUGCUGGCUUCAUGGCAGCAGGUCCAGCGAGGACUUCACGCUGUGGCGAGUGGGCUGCAAGCGGAGGACAUGAUUCAGCGAGCGCUGGAUGCUAUGUCGAUGGAACUUCAGCGGUGGCGGAUGACUCAUCCCGCUGACCCUUUCCAGCUGCUCUUCCGUUUUCCGCGGCAAAGAGUGGGACGAGAGCUCCAUGAAAUCUUGAAGCUCCAGCUGGGAGAGGGGAAGGGCGCCCUUCAAUGCGCUGCUCACGUGGCCAGCCGCCUCCAAGAGAUGUCCAUCACGCCCCAAGAGGAGAAGAUGUGGCACAUGUUCACGGCCUUUGAAGUUGAGCAAUCAGAACCUGGAGUUCUGGGUGCUGAGAAGGAGUCCUUUGGGAAGCAUUUGCAUUUGAGAGGUGGAGCCACUGGCCAGAUUCAGUUGAUGCAGGAUUGGGAGUGGCCCUACAUGUUCGCUUUGGCCGAUGCUGGCUUCGGCAUCUCUCUGGAGACUGUGAAGCAAUCGGUCGGUCCAAAGAACCUUCGAAUCCUCGAAGUUGGAUGGGGACAGGGGAUCAGCGGUCGAAGAUUGAUGGACAAUGCAGAUGCUGCAGGUCUUCCGGAGCUGCGCGUGGCCUACGAGGUGGUGGAGCUCCAUCCGGCGGUGGCUGCGGAUGCCAGGGCGGAGGCCUCUCGAAGACAGGACACAGUGUGCUCUGUUCGAGUUCACGAAGGUCCCUGGCAGAAAGUGUUGCCCAAGUUGGCAGCCAAUGCCUAUGACUUGAUCUUCUACGACCCGCUGAACAUCAGUCCAAGAUAUAUUGGAGAGAAGCAGCUCUACGAAAGUUGGGGCCUCCCGGUUUGUGUCUUUGAGGCACUCCAGUUUUACAGACUGUUGAGACCUGGUGGCGUGGUUGUCCAGUACGCUAUAUCCCACAGGAGCUCCACUGUAAAGAUGCUUGAAGAGCAAGUGGCGCCGCUCUUCAAGGAGUUGAGACUCACGAG